AUGCACUCCAGGUCCACCCCGGACGACGACGACCCGCUCGCCGCCGCCCUCCGCCCCCCGCCAGACGAGUCCCCAGACACCCGCGCCCUGCGCCUCGCUCGCGAGGAAGACGCCCGCCGCGUCUCCCGCGCCAUCGACGACGCCAUCCGCGCAGAGCGCCAGCUCAACAAGAAACGCCGCAUCGUCCGCGUCCUCCUCCUCGGCCAGUCCGAGUCCGGCAAGUCUACGACGCUCAGACAAUUCCAGCGCCUCUACACCCCGACCGCCUUCCGCGAGGAGCGCGUCCACUGGCGCGCCGUCGUGCAGCUCAACCUCAUCCGCUCCGUGCACACCAUCCUCGCCGCCCUUGCCGGCGGAGGCGGAGGCGGGGAAGAAGCGGGCGCGGGCGCGGGCGCGGCGGACGAGCCGCAGAGCGCGCUGUGGGCGUGCCGGAAGGACCUGAUGGCGCUGUGGGGGUCGCAGCGCGUGCGGGAGGUGCUGGCGCUGAAGCGGGUGAGGCUGGAGGACGAGAGUGGGUUUUUCUUGAACGACUUGCCGCGGCUUACGGCGCACGAUUAUUUCCCGACGGACGACGACGUGCUCAAGGCGCGGCUGAAGACGAUCGGCGUGUCGGAGUACAAGUUCGAGCUCGAGGCGGGCCCGCAGAGCGGGACGGAGUGGCGGAUCGUGGAUGUGGGCGGGUCGCGGUUCCAGGUGCCGACGUGGGUGCCUUUCUUCGACGACGUGGACGCGAUCAUCUUCCUCGCGCCGAUCUCGGCGUUCGACCAGGUGCUCGCGGAGGACCCUAAAGUGAACCGGUUGGAGGACAGCGUGCUGCUGUGGAAGGCGGUGUGCUCGAAUCGGCUGCUGGCGCACGUCGACCUGGUGCUCUUCCUGAACAAGUGCGAUUUGCUCGCGCGGAAGCUUGGCGCGGGGACGCGGCUUGCGAAGUACGUGCGCAGCUACGGCGAUCGCUCGAACGACGUCGACACGGCGAGCAAGUAUUUUCGGAGCAAGUUUAGCGCGAUCCAGCGCGCGUACUCGCCCGCGCCGCGCAAGUUCUACGGCUUCUGCACGUCCGUCACGGACACGGCGACGACGGCGGGGAUCCUCGUCAGCGUGCGCGAUAUCGUGCUGCGGCAGCACCUGCGGCAGUCGAAGCUCGUGUGAGCGGCGCGGCGCGGCGUGGGCUCCGGCUGGGCUCCGGCUGAGCUCCGGCCUUGGCUGCGCCGUCGCCUGUCGCGAGCUCCGCGCACCGCGUUGGGCGCGGGGUUCCCUCGCUGCCGCGGUCUUUUGCGCCGACCGCCGAUCGCCCCGUGUCCCGUGUCCCGCGUCCCGCGUCGUGCCCGAUGGAGGAGGCUCGCCUCUCGCGUCGAGCGGCGCGGGGCAAGAGCGCGCGCGUCGGCAUUCGGAUGGGCGCUGGAAGGGCAGGGAGGGUAGGACGGGACAGGGAAGGACGGGACGGGGGGGGGACGGUGCUUGUUGUCCUCUGGGGUUGUUGGUUGUGCGCGUGUGUCGGCGCUGUGCUGGUUUUACUUGCUUUUCUUUGACCGUGUUCAUUUUUUUUCGCUUGCUUCAUUGAUUGAUUGCUUGAUUGCUUG